AUGUCAGGAUACGACACAAUCCCCCAGGGCGCCAAUAUACAAGUGGACAAGUUCACCCUGUCCAUCCCGGACCAGGAACUCCAGGACUUCAAAGACUUGCUCCGCCUUUCCAAAUUAGCCCCAAAGACAUACGAGAACCUGCACGCCAACGCCAAGGACGGCGAGUUCGGCGUCAGCCACGAAUGGAUGAGCAAGGCCAAGGACUUCUGGCUGAACGAGUACGACUGGCGUGCGAUCGAAAAGCAGAACAACUCCUUCCCCAACUUCGUCGCCCACGUGAAAGAUGACAACGGCGAGGUCUUCAAGAUCCACUUCGUCGCUCUCUUCUCCAAGAAGCAGGACGCCGUGCCGCUCCUGUACAUGCACGGCUGGCCCGGUAGCCACCUUGAACAUCUCGACAUCUUCGACCUGUACCGCAACAAGUACUCGCCCGAAGAGCUCCCUUACCACACCAUUGCCGUGUCGCUGCCCGGCUGGACGCUCAGUUCCGGCCCACCCUUGGAUCGGGACUUCGAUACCGAGGACAUUGCUCGCAUCAUGAACAAACUCAUGAUCGGGCUAGGCUUUGGCAGCGGCUACAUUUGCCAGGGCGGCGAUAUCGGGUCCUUCACGGCCAAAGUGAUUGCCGGGACUUAUGACGAGUGCAAAGACAACUUUGCCAUCUCUGGCGAGCCGCCGAAAGAUGUGGACGAGAGCAAAAUCACGGAGGUGGAGAAGAAAGGCAUGGAGCGGAUGCAGGCAUUCUACAUGACCGGCAACGGCUAUGCGCGCGAACACGGCACCAGACCCGCGACGAUCGGCUUCGUCCUGGCGGCGAGUCCGCUCGCCCAGCUUGCGUGGAUCGGCGAGAAAUUCCAAGAAUGGACCGACGAAACCCCUCCGCUCACCAAGAUCCUCGAUUCCAUCACCCUAUACUGGUUCACCGAGUCCUUCCCCCGCUGCAUCUACUGCUAUCGCGAGUUCUCCAUCCCAGGCAGCCGCGGCCUGCCGCACGGGAAUCCAAAAUACAACAACGACAAGCCGGUCGCGUACUCGUGGUUCCCCAAGGAACUGGCGCCCGUGCCUAGAGAAUGGGUCGAAAAGCAGGGCCAUAAGCUUGUCUUUUUCCGCCAGCACGAAUCGGGAGGUCACUUUGCCGCCAUGGAGAAACCGAAAGAAAUGCUAGAAGACAUGGAGGAGUUCAUCAAGACGAUCGGUUGGCCCGUGAAGUGA